UGUUUUUCUGCAUUUUGUUAACACUGAACAGUAACACUCAACACUAUCUUUAUGAUGUUUGCUACCAAUUCCUCAACAGUCUUUCAUAGCUUAAUCAAAAUCUUCAUUCAAUUCCAUUCAACAAUGCUUUCAUAGAAGGUUUCUAUGUUGCUUCUUAAUUCAUUCAAUUCAAUCCAUGGACAUUCUCAACUUUUCACCCCCCAAAACUAUUUCAUACCCAUUUUUCUGCAACCCCAGAACUUUAUACACAUCAAACCGUAACACCCCAUUUCAUAAAAACACUUUUUCUUUCUAUCUAACAACUUCUACUUCAAGAAAGUUUCAAACUUUGGCUCAUUUUCGAAGACCCACCAACCGCCGCAAUUCACUGAGGAACAAGCUUCUUCAUGAUCACCAGGUAAGUAGAAAUCACAUUCCCAAUGACCCUUCUUCUGUUUCUAGUAAUCAUGUUGAAGAAAUUGAUGAUGCUAGUUUUGUUGAAUUGGAAAAGCUACACAAAUCUGAACUUUUGGGUGAAAAUGUUUUGUUGAAUAAAUUGGAUAAUUGGGUUGAUCAAUAUAGAAAAGAUAUUGAUUUUUGGGGUAUUGGGUCUGCUCCAAUUUUUACUGUUUAUCAAGAUUUAUUUGGUGGUGUUAAGAGGGUUUUAGUUGAUGAAGAUGAGAUUUUGAAAAGAGUUGGUGGAAAUGAUAUAGAGGAUAAGAUUUUGGAGGCUAAGAAGCUAGCUAGGGAGAUGGAGAGUGGUGAAAAUGUGAUUGCAAAGAAUAGUUCUGUGGCUAAGUUUAUUGUUCAAGGUGAGGAGGAGAAGGGUGAUUUUGUUAAGGCUGUUCGUGGAUUUAUCGUGCAACCGGGAUUGGUUCCGAAGCUUUCGGGGGUUGGCGGCAUAGUAUUGUGUGUUUUUGUUAUGUUUGGAGUAAAGAAGUUGUUUCGUUUUGGAGAUAAGGAAGUUCGGUAUACAGAAAUGGAGAAGAAAAUGAUGAUGAGGAAGGCAAAAGCUAGGAAGGAGAAAGAGAUGUUGAUGAAGGGUGCUGUUGAAGUUAUUCAUGAAUCUACGGAGACACCGGUUAUAGGUGUAAAAAAACCGGAGUUGGAUAAGGAACAGCUUAAGUACAAUAUUCUGAAAGCUAAGGCUUCUUCUGAUAAACUUGUAGUUCAGAACUCUUCCGGUGAAGUGAUAACUGGGUCGAUGGAUAUGGACUAUAAGGUUCGAGAAAUCAGAGAAAUGGCUAGGCGGGCACGGGAAAUUGAAGGCGGGGAUCGUUCUCUAGUUAGUAAGGAUAUGGAAAUGGAUGACAGUGUGAUUGGGAAGUCCUCUAAGGAGAUUGAAGUCAUAAAAGAGAAUAGCAAACAAGAUAACAGUUUAAGUAACCGUCAAAAUGAAGGUGCAAGCAAAACAACGGAUAGUAAUGGAAUUCUGCACACAACUUCUGAUGAUAUCACAGAGAACGUUGAUAUUUCAAUCGAGCAUGAGAUUGUUCGUGAUGAUAGAGAAAUUUGUAAAGUGGAAAUCAAAAUCAAUGAUGUUGCUAUGACUCCGAAGGACAGAGAAGACAAUAAAUCCUCCCGCACUCCUAUUAAUGGCUCAUUUAUGACAAAUAAAAGUUCAGUGGACAAGAAACCAAGGAUCAUACGGUCUGUUAAGGAAGCUAAGGAUUAUCUUUCAAAAAAACACGACAAAGAAAAUCCUGAUGCAAAAUCUGGAAUUGAACUUGGGAAAGAAAACAUGGCUGAUUCAAAGCCUUCCGAAUUUGUUGUUUUUAACGACCAGAAGCAGAAAAAUUUGGAGACGAAUACAAUCUUGUCCAGAAGUGACGCAUUAAAUGGAUUGUCAUAUUCUAAGCCUGACAAAAAUGCCAGUGAAGAUUCUAAUCAAAAGGAAAGGGAAAAGAGUCCGACAAAGAAUGGGUGCUCGAAAGAUUCUGGUACGGAACCUGGAUUGAAAGACCUUCAAAAGUCCGAGACCGCUUUAGACCGUCAAGUCAAUGGCAUUGGUUCCAAGGAAAGUCUGCCACAGGAGAAAAGCUUCGAUGAAGUUGAGCCAACAGUUAAACAGAUUAGGAAUGAUGAUACUUUAAAUAUGAAAUCAGAUUCUAGGCUUGACCUAAAUCCUAGUGAAGAUUCUGAUCAGAAGGAUAAGAAAUUCGGCCCAACAAAGAUUGGUGACAUCAAAGACUCUGGUGUUGAACCUAGAGUGGCAAAUCUUCCAAAUUCUGAGACCACUUCAGACCAUGAAGUUAAUGGUGAUAGUAGAAAGAAAAGAUUUUCUGGAAAGACAGAAAAUUGGCUGGAGAAAAAUUUCCAUGAAGUUGAGCCUAUAAUUAAGAAAAUUAGAGCUGGAUUUCGAGAUAACUACGCACUGGCAAAAGAGAGAGUUGAUCAACCUUUAGAUAUACCAACUGAGAUGGAAUCAAUUGGAGUUGGUGAAGAUGGUGGAGAAUUUGACUGGAUGCAGGAUGAUCAUCUUAGAGACAUUGUCUUUCGAGUUCGUGAUAAUGAAUUGUGUGGACGAGAACCAUUUUAUUUGAUGAACGACGAAGAUAAAGAUGCUUUCUUCAGAGGUCUUGAGAAAAAAGUUGACAUAGAAAACAAAAAACUUUCUCACCUCCAUGAAUGGCUCCAUUCAAAUAUUGAAAAUAUUGAUUACGGAGCAGAUGGCAUUAGUAUAUAUGAUUCACCAGAGAAAAUCAUACCGCGGUGGAAAGGACCCUCUGUGGAGAAAAUUCCCGAGUCCCUAAAUGAAUUCCUCAAUAAAAAAAUAAAGACAACUUCCACCGGAAAUUUGAAGCCAGUGAAGAAGGAUGGGAAGGACUCUGCUAAAAAAUCAGCUGAUUCAUCUUCAAAAGUGAAGGUUGAUGGUUCAAUAGCGCCGAUGAAGAAGUCAAAAAAUCCAAAGACUGUUGUCGAAGGAAGUGAUGGUUCUGUUAAAGCUGGCAAAAAAUCAGGGAAGGAAUAUUGGCAGCACACAAAGAAAUGGUCCCAGGAAUUUUUGGAUUGUUACAAUGCUGAGACAGACCCAGAAGUUAAGUCCGUAAUGAAGGAUAUCGGGAAGGAUUUGGAUCGCUGGAUCACUGAAAAAGAAAUAGAGGAAGCAGCUGAUCUGAUGAGCAAGUUACCGGAGAGGAAUAGGAGUUUCGUGGAAAAGAAAAUCAACAAGCUUAAAAGAGAGAUGGAGUUGUUCGGACCGCAAGCAGUAGUUAGUAAAUAUCGUGAAUAUGAAGACGACAAAGAAGAAGAUUACUUAUGGUGGUUAGAUCUUCCAUAUGUUCUGUGCAUUGAGGUAUAUAAAGUUGACGAUGGAGAAGAAAGAGUCGGAUUUUAUUCAUUGGAGAUGGCUCCAGAUCUUGAAUUGGAGCCUAAACCAUAUCAUGUGAUUGCUUUCCAAGAUCCUGGUGACUGCAAAAAUCUUUGUUACAUAAUGCAGGCUCAUAUGGAUAUGCUUGGAGGUGGCAAUGCUUUCGUUGUUGCACGGCCUCCUAAGGAUGCUUUUCGAGAUGCUAAAGAAAAUGGUUUUGGUGUUACUGUCAUCAAGAAAGGAGAACUUCAGCUUAAUAUAGACCAACCACUAGAAGAAGUGGAGGAAGAGAUUACAGAGAUUGGAAGCAAAAUGUACCAUGAUAAGAUAACAAAGGAUCGAUCCGUGGAUAUAAACUCGAUAAUGAAGGGUGUAUUUGGUUUUAAUGGCUCUGCCAAGAGGUUUAAGCGGAAGUUGAAGUAACACAGAAGUAGAUGAUGGCUCAAACUAUUUUCGAAGAAUGAAACCGGUUGAAGAUGAUGGAAUUCUUGCAUGGUAGCAUAAGUCAAAUUCUUUUGUAGUUUGUUUUCUUUACACAAAUUACGGUUGUUUGUACAUAGUUGAGAAAAAUAUAGUCAAUAUAAUAUAGUCGCUUGUGUUAACUUGAUAGUGAGAAUUUCUCCACCAAGAAUUGUGUUUAGUAGUAAGGAUUAGUCAUGAAAAUGAGUAUUCCUUUCCUCUCAUAUUGGAUGGCACUAGAGUUGCUUCAAUUGUUUCUAGGAAAGAUUCUCUUUUCAUUUCUUAAUCAUUUUCUAUAUGGAGAAGAAAUGGUUGCUCAAGUAACAACCAUUGAUUUUCUCACUUUACACUCUAGAGGAUCCAAAUCCGUGAUUUCUAA